ACGUCACUUUUACAGCUAGCCUAGCGCCCUCUCUCUCUCAAUGAACACGAAAAUUGUAAUGGCGAUCACUCAAAUAUGAUAGAAGACGGGCCAGGAUCACAACACGGAGGCCAACUUGGGCCCGGUUCUGGUGGAUUAGGCAUGGUUACCAAAUCACAGCAAGAUGAUGGCAUCAAACAACGGCCCCAGUAUUCUAUGCCAGGCAUUCUCCAUUUUCUUCAAACAGAAUGGGCACGGUUCGAAAUGGAAAGAUCUCAAUGGGAGGUUGAGCGAGCUGAGUUGCAAGCAAGAAUUGCCUUUCUGCAAGGUGAAAGGAAGGGUCAGGAAAACCUAAAGCAAGAUUUGGUGAGACGCAUCAAGAUGCUUGAGUUUGCGCUGAAACAGGAAAGAGCAAAGUAUCAUAAACUCAAAUAUGGAACAGAUUUGAAUCCUGAUGAUUUGAAGCCCCCAAACUUUGACAAGGAGAAUAAAGAUGACCAAAUUGAUGGUGAAAUUUCAAUAUCCACCUCUUCUGGUUCAAGCAAUGCCACCUGGCGUCAAGGGCGACAGCUUCUGAGACAGUAUCUUCAAGAGAUUGGAUACACCGACACAAUAAUUGACGUGCGAUCUGCUCGGGUUCGCUCUCUUUUGGGCCUUCAAACGCAGGGUGGAGAUAAUGAUGCUGACAUUUCACAGUCAGUAUUGGUCAAUGGUGAACAGCAAUUGAACAAGAGAGAUAAUCAGGGGAAAAGGGCUGGUUUGAAGAAACUUGGAAACAUGGGAAAUGAAACUGCCCUAAUUGAUGCAGAGAAUGCAGUCAUGACCACUUUUGACUUCUUGAAUCAAAGCAAUGUAGUAGAGGAUGAAGAUGACCUCAGUGACGAGAAUGAGGACGGAAUGGCUGCAGAUGAUGAAUCAGAAGAGAGGCUAGAAAGAAAAGGGAUCAAAUUGAAGAAUGACACCAACGAAAGUCUCGCAGGGGUAGAUGAUAACGAUCCAGACACGGAGGAAGCUCUUGCAGAAUUUCAUUUUCUCGAGUCAGAAAUGGUGGAGGGAGCAGAAAAGCGUGACUCUCCUUCGGGCGAGGAAGAGGAAUGGGUAGUAGAUCAGCGCCAUAUAUCUGAACUCAAAGAGCAGUAUAAAAAGGAGAGGAAGGGAAAGAAAAAUAGGCCUACUCGCCAUGCCUUGCAGGCCAUGCUAGCAACUCUGGGGGGCGAUGAUGAUGAUGAUGAUGAUGUGUCUGCAGACAAUAACAGUGAUCGUUUGCCCAGUGAUGAAAACAGGGACGAUGAUGUUCCGGCAGGAGGAAAUCAGAUCAACUAUGCCAGGAAGCCUAUGAUGGGGAUGCCUGAUGAUGAAGAAAAUGACAGCGGUAUGGGUCUCGGUGAGUUAGCGGGACUAACUGUCACCAAUGAAGCAGAUCCUAUGAAUUACGAUAUAUCGGCACCAAAAGAAGUUUACAGAAAAACAUGGAAUGCCAAAUACACUUUACGGAGUCACUUUGAUGGUGUAAGAGCGCUUGCUUUUCAUCCUGUGGAACCAGUAUUAUUAACUGCUUCAGAAGAUCACACACUCAAGCUGUGGAAUUUACAGAAAACUGUUCCAGCUAAAAAGGCUGCCUCUCUGGAUGUGGAGCCUGUGUACACAUUUCGAGCUCACAUUGGCCCUGUCUUGAGCCUGGCUGUCAGUCCGUCAGGGGAGCAGUGCUAUAGUGGUGGUAUGGACACAACAAUUCGCUGUUGGAACAUACCCAAUUCUAGCAUUGACCCCUACGAUUCAUUUGAUCCAAAUGUUCUUUCGGACACCCUUGUAGCCCAUACAGAUGCUGUUUGGGGCUUAUCAAUACACAGUUCCAAAAACCAGUUGCUGUCUUGUUCGGGCGAUGGUACAGUGCGUCUUUGGAGUCCUGGGAACAAAUCUCCACUUCUUAACACGUUUACUGUGGAUUCUGAAGAUGGAGUGCCAACAUCUGUCGACUUUGUGCGUUGUGAUCCAAACCAGAUGGUUGCCAGUUAUACUUCCUCCAACACAUAUAUUUUUGAUAUUGAGACUGGAAAGCAGGUUCUGAUGCUGGAAACAAAGCUUAAUUCAGAUUCAAGUGGUAGCAACCAGAUCAAUCGUGUGAUCAACCACCCCACUCUGCCUGUUUCCAUCACUGCGCAUGAGGACAGACACAUACGUUUCUUUGAUAACAAUUCAGGCAAAAUUAUCCACUCCAUGGUAGCUCACUUAGACUCAGUGACAAGUUUGGCAAUAGAUCCCAAUGGCUUGUAUCUUUUAUCAGGGAGUCAUGAUUGUUCUAUUAGGUUAUGGAAUUUAGAUAGUAAAACUUGUGUUCAAGAAAUAACCUCCCACCGCAAAAAGUUCGAGGAAUCUAUUCACGAUGUUGCCUUCCACCCCCAAAAACCAUACAUUGCAAGUGCAGGCGCAGAUGCCCUUGCCAAGGUGUUUGUAUGACGCGGAGAGAUGAAAGUCUAGUCCUUUUGCUACAAAAUUUUCUGCAAGCAAUUAUUUUUGCUGUUUUUGGAUAUGCUUUGUGUGUGUACUACUGGGGUCUGAGAAAGUGCCAACCAUGAUUUUAAAGUACUUUUUUAAAUCCUGUUUUCCUCUCUCUGUCUCUUUCCGACUUUGUCUCUCCUUUCCUGCCUCUCAUCACCUUCUGUCCAGUCUCUAUUUCUUUCCCCCUUCUUGUGUAGUUGGAUUGCAGUCAUUCAGUUGCACAGUCUUUUUAGUCUUUAUAGCCUUGGUUUCUCAUCCCUCUGGGACAGAUUCCAAUACUGCUUUGCCAUGCAAUGAUGGAUGGCUGUUUAAAUAAAGUCACCAGUUGAUCAGCCGUCUAGCUUGAAGGCCUUCUACCUUUAGACACUCACAAAGGUUUUUUCUUUCUACAAGUCGCUUAUAAGGGCAUAAAUUGAACAGAUGCAUAAUUAGACUUUUAUAGUCCCUUCUCCCCCAGUCCUUCGCAAAUAUAUCAGGUUGUAUCUCAUUCAUUUCAGUGUUAGUGAAAGAUGUGUAAAUUAAUGCCAGAAAUACUUAUUUUUGCCUCUUUUUCCCCCCUCCCCCUCUUGCAUCUAGGAAGCAAACACUGCUUCAUUAUUGUAUGGAAGAGAAAAAAGGACUAUUGUAAAGAAUUUCUGAGCUAGAGAGCAAAACUUUUUUUUUUCUUUUUUUUUUUAAAGUAAAAGAGAGAUGAGUGUUUGAAGUGGAACAUUGCUUGCCAUAUAGAGAUGUGUGAAAACUGUAUAAUUUAAUCAUGCAUGCACUAUACUUUGUUGCCCAUAUCACUUUUGCUCCCCACUCAGCCAGGGCUUAUAAUUUGUACAUGGUCAUUUUUGGGGGUUGCUUUAUAUGCCGGUAUAUAUUAUAUAUAUAUGACCUAGGAUAAAAUGAGAUGUGUAUAGUUGGCACACAUAAUGGUGAACAUAAUGUGCUCUGUCACGUUGAAGUGUUUUACCUCUAAUAAUAAGUGGGAAGAUCUCGUUAUUCAGUUUAUGCUUGGUGAGUGGUUGGGGGGAUUGGCGGGCUGGUCUCCACUAGUGGAAUAAUUCAUGGUGAAAGUUUUCAAAUUUAAGACGCAGUCUCUGGAGAAUGAGGAAAGAAUUACUUAAAUACUGAGAGUUUAUUGCAAGUUCCUGCCUCUUGAAUGUUGUAAUUUUUUUGCCUAUGUAGAUUCGUCAUCAAUGCAAAAAUUUUAAGACUAGAAAUGAAGACUACUUGUAGAGGGUUAAACAUGUGUCAGCUCGUUUCAUCCUCUUUCACUCAUUUCAGUACAGUAUUUUUCGGUGACACUAAUUAUCAUGCAGAUACUAUUUCACAGAAGGGUUUCUUUUUUCUUUUCAGGAUAAAAUUGAUAACAUAAAGAUAUUUUGUCUAUGGUUUUUAGUUUUUUAAAAGAAAGAAUAUCUGGCUUGGCUUUUUUUUUAUUUGCCCUAUGUAUAAAACAUUCAUCACAGGGUUGAAGCUGUAGCGGCUGAUGCAAGCUUCUCUCUGUUACAGUGCGUACUCUUUUCAUAAUCAAGACUUUACUGUUUGGUUUCUAAUUAUAAACAAGUAAAGCCAAAAGUUCGAAAUGUUAUAAAUAAACUAUGACUGUCAUACCCAGCUUAUCAUCAUUUCAUAAUGAUAACUAAGUACUCUGUAUUUAAUCGUAAAAACUUUUUUUUUUGUUGAGAAUCAACCCGACAAGAUUUUUUAUGUUGUGCGUGCAUUUCACAUAGAGGGGAAAGGUCUGGGCUCAGUUGGUGGCAUUUGUACAAGUGGUUCCUUGACAAUACAGUGUUACAAGUGGAGGCUCACCUCUCACAAGUAGCACUUUUCACAGAAUAAUACACAAGAGACUUGUACACAUAUGCAAUAUCGCAACGUACUGCUAAGUAUUGUGCUAUCAUCCCUAAUCCCACGUAAGUACUUGUAAGAUAUUUUGUGUAAAAAAAAAA